UAAAAGUGAAUAUUGUGACACAAACAGUAAAUACCAAUGACCUAUCAGCCAUUCCUAAAAUUAUUCGUAUUUCGUAGAAAAUAGAAAUAAGUUAUUGUAAAUCAAAUUAACCAAGUGCUAAAACCAAGUUUUAAAAGAAAUAUAUAUUCAUUAUUUACCUUUUGAUCAAUAUUUGAUGAAUAAAAUUAACUUCUUGGAAAAAUAUAUUUAAUCCAACAGUGAGAUUUAACAAAUGUCGUGUAAAAUGAAUAUCUUAAGAAAAUCAUUUACAAGUGAAAAGCCAAAAUCAUUUAUAAGAAAAUUAGCAACAUUAAAAAAUUCAAAUGAACUAACACCAAUGACUGUAUUUGACAGAAAAGCUAAAGUUAUUCAAAAACAACGAGCAGCCAUAGCAGAAGAUAGUUCAGUUUAUGAGUACAUUAAAGAAGAAGUUGGUUAUCGUUUAUCAGAUCGUCUUUUCGAUAUAAAACGACAAUUUAAUUUAGUGGUCGAUCUAGGUUGUGGAUAUGGACAUGUAUCAAAACACAUUUCCAUAGACAAUGUAAAAGAGUUGAUUAUGUGUGAUAUAUGCCAAGAAAUUUUGAAUAAAUCCAAAAACCCUGAGCCUGAAGUAAAGGUUAGUAAAAUAGUAGUAGAUGAAGAAACAUUACCUUUUAAAAAUGAUAGUAUCGAUUUAAUAAUAAGUUGUUUAAAUCUCCAUUGGGUUAAUAAUUUACCUUCAACUUUUCUACAAAUAAAAAAUUCUUUGAAAAAUGAUGGAGUCUUUUUAGGAGCAAUGUUAGCAGGUGACACUUUAUUUGAAUUACGAUCAUCAUUACAAUUGGCAGGUAUUGAACGUGAUGGAGGAAUAGCACCCAGAAUAUCACCUUUUGUUCGCCUUAGGGAUGUGGGAGCACUAAUGCAAAAUGCUGGAUUUUCAAUGUUAACAUUGGACACAGAUGAACUUAUUAUUCGUUACCCAUCAAUGUUUGAACUAAUGUGGGACCUAAAAGGCAUGGGAGAAAAUAAUGCUGUUCUACAACGACCAUUGAGACUGAACAAGAAUACAAUGUUUUCAGCAGCUGCUAUAUAUGAUAAACUUUAUGGUAAUAAAGAUGAAAACAGUGAUACUAAAGGUAUCCCAGCUACAUUUCAAGUCUUGUACAUGAUAGGAUGGAAACCAGAUCCAUCACAACCAAAACCAUUAUCCCGAGGAUCAGGAAAAAUAUCAAUAAAAGAUAUAGGAGAACUUGAUAAGAUUGUUAAAAACUUAGGAAAGAUUGAAACAUAAUAUUUUUACUAAUCAAUAUUUUAUGAAGUUCAUUAUUUGUGCUUGAUUAUAACUAAAUAUGUUAAA